CAUAUCAAGCAUUGAAAAUGUGUUUAAUUAUAACAAAACCUUUUGGUAUGCAAUCGACGGCACAGUAAUUAAUUAUUACUGCAAUUCAAUGACAGAAAUCAAAAGCAAAAAAUGUUUGUCAAAUGGUUUGUGGAAUAUUAAUGAACCGAUUUGUGAGACCAAUAGCUAUAAUGACCACUCUUUGCCGUCAACUGUAAAGGAAUCGCUGGAUUUCAAAUAUCUGUUGCCAUUUUAUAUAAUAGCGGCCAUCACUUCAUUAGUUGUCAUUACGAUAGCAAUCAUUGGCUUAAAUGUUAUAAUGAAGAGAAACGUAAAGAAGGAUUCAAUUGAGAGAAUUGGCGUUCGGAAGGAAAGUAUUGAACGGACACCACAUGAGCGCCGGUGCCCUUCGAAAGCACCCGACAGUUGUGUUACCGAUGAGUCCUAUUUGGACGACGUGUCCAAUAGAGGGGUCUCUUUGUUUCAAUAUCAAUACGAAUAUCAGAACCAAAGCGAACCCCUCUAUGAUAUUCCUCCCAAUAGUUCUAAAGCUAUUCCCAUAGUAUAUGACAGACAUGUUUCGAAUUCCAAUUCUGAGGCCAUUUACGAUCGACCGAAAUAUAGAUAUACCACCGAUUGA